GGGAUAACAAUGGGUUAUAUACCAGCCAGUGAAAUAUUUUUUGAAAAACGAACUACAUAGGUAUACAUGUAUCCUUGAUAUACUGAACUAUAUAAAUGGUUUUUGCGAUAGCCAAUUACCGUGCACAGCCGCGUGAUUCGGUCGAAAUUGAAAAUUGAUUACCGUCAGAGAAACCUACACGUAUGGUUGGGCGAGAGAAAAAUAUUAAUUAUUAUUAUUCACGAAAACGACUCGUUAUUCUUGACGCUUCGAAUCAACAUUAAAUACCUACGAAAACCUCGUACUCGAGAAUACAAAUUUUCGAAAUAGCGAACGGGUGACGAUAAUCUAAAGGCGACAUCGCGUCGCCGUAUAUCUGUGCGAGUGUUAUAGGUGCGUUCUGAUGUUCUGUUACGGCGUGGGUGCCUAAAAAGAAUGUUGAUUUUAAGAUUAUCCUCAUGUCUGUAGCGAGUUGAUUUCCAUUAUAUCGAGUCUCGCGCGAAUGGCUUUACGAAUGGGUGCGGUGAGCUUAGAACCAUUGGCGUGUCGGUUCCGGUACCAGGGUACGCUUAAAGUGGAAGAACGUCGCGAGCCCAAAAUAUCUGUUCAACGAAGAGUCUCGCAGCCGUUGAGUCUACAAUUCGGUCUAUAAUAGGAAAUUCUCAAAUGGCAACGACGGUUUUGCUGCUUACACUCUGCGUGAGCGUUAAUUCCAGCAGCAGCGGUGGAAUCAGCAGCAGGAGUAGCGGCAGCGAUGCCAACGACCCCCGAGAGGAUCUAACAAUAAGCGGUGGUGCUGAGGUCGGUCGAGAUGGUAGAGAGACCGGUACCGCCGAGGAAAGCUCGUCUGGUUCUUUAACGCAACUGAAGCAAUCCAAGCGCGGAAUUUAUUAUCACGGUGGGUACGGAGGUCACGAAGGUCUCCAUCACGGGGGUCACGGGGUUUACGGAGGUCACGGCGGCAAUCAUCACGGUUUAUACGGAUACGGAGGUGGUCACGGGGGCUACGGAUACGGAGGAUACGGAUACGGCGGGGGAUACGGAUACGGAGGCGGUUUAGGGGGCUAUGGAUCCGGAUCAUUUUAUCAGGGCUACACCGCUGUUCCAGUGCCUCAACCGGUCCCGGUACCCGUUCCCGUUCCCGUAACGAGACACGUCCCAGUCGCCAAACCAGUACCCGUGCCGGUACCGGUGCCGGUGGUGGUCCACCGUCACGUACCCUUCCCGGUAACAGUCAAUCGCGCAGUUCCCGUUCCAGUGCCAGUUCCGCACCCGGUCGCGGUACCCGUUCCCAUUCACUACGCCCCCUACUACGCCGGUGAUUUUGCUAGCUACGGAGGUGGCUACGGAAGUGGCUUCGGAAGUGGCUUCGGUCACAGUGCCUACGGAUACGGUGGUCACGGAGCACACGGACAUCACCACCAUCACUUCAAGUCGCAUCAUCAUUAGCCCGCGCACCCCUCAUUUUGGCAAGAAUUUAUAACCGUCCGCUUAGGUGACACUAUACUACGACUUAUUUCACUUGUAUGAUAUUAUUAUGUAUAUGUGUAUAUGUUAUUGUCUAUAUAAAUGUAUAUAAAAGUGCUCGAAUGUGCACUGGUGCAGCUAUUAAUGCCAUUUGUUUUCAAAAACUAUACUCGUCGUGGUUUUUUGUUUUUUUUUUCUUUCUUUCUUUUCUUUCCCCCUGUCUACAAAACUCGAUGCCAUUGUCCGUAGGCUACGAACGUGUCUAAUUGCGUUUUGAAGAGUCUGAAAGUCACCGUGAAAGCUGUGCAUAUAAUGGGCAUGCAGGUGCAGGUGGCGGUGGUGCAGAUCAACCCGGUUCAGUCGAGAAGCACUUGUUAUUUUUUUCCUCCUCGGUUGUUGGUACCGGUGAAAAAUUUGUG